CACACUUACCGUCACAUGUCCUUCAGAGACCUGCAAGCUAUACUGUGUCUCAUCCUCAGAUCACCUAACAGAUUUAAAGUGGUGGACUAUGGCUGCUCAGGUGUCAGAAUCGGAUCAGAUUAAACAGUUCAAGGAAUUUCUUGGCACCUACAACAAACUGACUGAAAACUGCUUCAUGGACUGUGUGAAAGACUUCACCACCAGAGAGGUCAAAGCCGAGGAGACAACAUGCUCUGAAAGCUGUCUACAAAAGUACCUGAAAAUGACCCAGCGGAUCUCCAUGCGCUUCCAGGAGUAUCACAUCCAGCAGAAUGAGGCUUUGGCAGCUAAAGCUGGAUUACUAGCUCAGCCUCGAUAGUAACCCCUAUGUUGUACAGACUCUGAUCUCCUCAGGCUGUAGUUCCACCGCACCUGCUUCAUACUGAACUGAUGAGGCAGAGGAAGACGUCCUACUGUUUGUUUCAGCUCCAGCAACGGAUGAAGGUUUUUUAAGCGACCCACAUUUUGUCCAUGAUUUUUAUUGCGACCCAGGCAACACAAACAAUUCAUCACGAACAAUGCAAUUAAUAAAAAUGGUGGCAAUCUGGUCCCACUGUGUAAUGUAAAGCCUCCACAUGGGGGCAUACAAGCUCAUUUUGUGUUUAUGUGCCUGUUAAAGUUCAUUUAUUUAAUUAUUGUUUUUCUCUGCAACCCAUUUUUUUGGCUUGCGACCCAGGGCUUAAAAAACCCUGAUGUACCGUAUGUAGACAUCCUUCAUAUUAAUGAGUUCGGCCAUUUCAAUCACACCUGUUACUAACUGGUGUAGAAAAAUCAUCAAUUCUAUAAAAUAAAAUAAAUGUCGUUGAUCUGGGGGCCAUUUAAACGAAGGCUUUUUCCUGUUCCAGCAUGACUGUGCCUAUGUUCACAAUGUGAGGUCCAUAUAGACAUGGUUUUACAAGUUUGGUGUGGCUUGCACAGAGCUGUGACCUCAGCUCCACUGAUCACCUUUGGGAUAGAUUUGAAUGUCAGACAAAAUCAGUGCCUGACAUUACAAAUGCUACUUUUACUGAAUGGGCACAAAUUUAAUCAAACACAACCACACUCGAAAACCCUGUAAACAGCCUUAUCAAUACGUACAGGAUGCUAUAUUCACAAAGCAUGGGUGGAUAUCUUUGUAUUAAUGCCUAUGGUUUUGGUAUAGGAUGUCUAACGAAUGUUUAUGGUCAUGUGUCCACAUGCUUUUGGCUACAUAUAGAAUGAGGUCUAUGUAUUUCUCCCUUUAAUGACA